GAAUCGAGCUCUGGUUUGAUCAUCCCGGAAACUAGAGACGGAUUUUAUGGUUACACCGAUGAAAAGAGUCUUCGACAAAUAGAAGAACAAAAACUAGCACAACGCCGCACUUCUGACGUCGUGCAUCCUCGGGCUGAUAGUACAUCACUAUCUGCCAAUUUCACGCUGUCUUCUAUCCGUGAAGCCCUUCAAAUACAGACGACUAAGGAGUUACAUCCGUCACCUUUCUCUGACGACGAAGAUAAAGAACAGGUCUCGGAUACUCAGCACAACAUGGAUACCGUGAUCACCCCAGAGUUUGCGCGUAUUGCCCUGUCUUUUCAGAAAUGCCUUGAACUUCGCGACAAAUAUAUCACGAAAUCGUUACAGAGGCUGGGUGAUAACCCUAGAGACCACGACGGUGUGUUUCACGGCGUAGCCGAGGGUCUGGCAGAUGUUUCUGGGAUCAAACCCGAUGUUAAGCAAUCUUUGGCUGCAUCCGCCGACAGCCCUCACGAGCCUUGGGUCAUAUAUCCGAAGCCUCCUCCACCCCACUGGCAAUUUACUGCGAAGGAAACGGUCAUUAGCGCAGAUGGUCGCAUUACACCGGACAACCAAUUCAAUUUAUCUCACUGCCAAAUACCUGGUAAUCACGAGUGGGAGUUUGAGAUAGAUGACAAAGGCGUGUAUCAAGUAUACACGAAUGCUAAUGCAGAAAACAAGGAACCAAUCUUCGAUGUACCCACUAUCAGAGAGUACUUCGUCGAUCUAGACUAUGUCCUGGGUGUUAUUUCCGAUGGUCCAGCAAAAAGUAUGGCAUAUCGUAGGCUCAAGUAUCUCGCGAGUAAGUUCGAGAUGUACAGUCUCUUGAACGAGGGUCAGGAAUUAGCUGACAUGAAGAGUGUGCCGCACAGGGACUUCUAUAAUGUGCGAAAGGUGGACACGCAUGUCCAUCUAGCAAGUUGCAUGAACCAGAAGCACCUCUUGCGGUUCAUCAAGUCCAAGAUGAAACGCAGCCCUCAUGAUGUUGUUAUCUUCCGUGAUGGGACAGACUUAACACUGGAACAAGUGUUUCAGUCGCUCAAGCUGAGCGCAUACGAUCUAUCCAUCAAUACGCUUGAUAUGCACGCCCACCAAGAUUCCUUCCAUCGGUUCGAUAAAUUUAACCUGAAGUACAAUCCGAUCGGCGAGUCUAGGCUGAGGGAAAUUUUCCUGAAAAUAGAUAAUAAGAUAGAUGGUAGAUACUUCGCUGAGAUUACCAGAGAGGUCAUGAAUGACCUCGAGCAAAGUAAAUACCAGAACUGCGAAUGGCGUGUCAGUGUUUACGGUAGAUCCCUGGAUGAGUGGGACAAGCUUGCGAAAUGGAUCAUCAAAAAUGAACUGUUCUCACACAACGUUCGCUGGCUCAUUCAAGUUCCCCGACUGUAUCAAGUGUACAAGCAGACUGGUGCAGUCGACACAUUCGAGGAAAUUGUCAUCAAUGUCUUCCGCCCGCUCUUUGAAGUAACGAAGGAUCCUCAGUCGCACCCUGAACUCCAUGUAUUUUUGCAACGUGUCGUCGGCUUCGAUAGCGUUGAUGACGAAUCGAAAGCGGAACGUCGAUUCCACCGCAAAUUUCCUUUUCCUCGACUCUGGGACUCCGAGCAGAAUCCUCCGUUUUCAUAUUGGAUGUACUACAUGUAUGCAAAUACGGCCAGUUUGAACCACUGGCGAAAAGCACGAGGGUUUAACACGUUCGUAUUCCGACCCCACGCUGGUGAAGCAGGAGACACGGAUCACCUGACCGCAGCUUUUCUUACUUCUCACUCGAUUUCACAUGGAAUUUUGCUUCGCAAAGUCCCCGCGUUGCAAUACUUAUUCUACCUGAAACAAAUUGGGCUAGCUAUGAGUCCAUUAAGCAACAAUGCGUUGUUCCUGACCUAUGAGCGCAAUCCGCUUCCUGACUUUUUCAAAGUUGGGUUGAAUGUGAGUUUAAGCACUGAUGACCCAUUGCAAUUCCAUUUUACGAAGGAACCACUGCUAGAAGAAUAUAGUGUCGCAGCUCAUAUCUACAAGCUUCCUCAAAGUUCACUAGCAGAGCUCGCUCGCAACUCUGUGAUUCAAAGUGGCUUUGAGAUGGAGAUCAAAAGGCGCUGGCUCGGCCAAGAAUGGUAUCUACCAGGCGCUGCAGGCAAUGAUAUUCACAAGACGAACGUGCCAAAUCUUCGACUAGCAUAUCGGCACCGCACGCUACUUGAGGAGCUUGCGAUGAUCAGAACUCCACACCCUGCAUAG